AUGGGUCCCUUCGAUAUGGCUGAAAAAAAAGAAAAAAUGGACGAAGAAAUUGACAAGGAGAAAAAACAGCAAGGAAUAGACAGAAAGGACGAUAAACACAAGACUACUGAGGAACUCCAUGGACUAUUCGCGGACUCUGACGCCAAGAUACGGAAGCUUGCAAAGGCCGCUAGUAUUCAACUCAAUGCCCUCAAGGCUAUCAUGAACGCGGAAAACGUGGACACCCAUCGCCUCCGUGUAAGCAAAAGUUAUCUGCAGGUGUGGAAGCAAAAGUUCAGAGAGUACUGUCCGUACACGUAUGAGGGCGAGGGUUGUGAUCGCAAUGCUUACUACCGAACUGCCGACGGGACAUGUAACAAUCUGGACAACCCCACAUGGGGAGCCACAUUUGCACCUGAAUUAAGGGAAAUACCCGCCAUGUAUGACGACGGCAUAAACGAGCCAAGACAAAGAGAUCGUCUUGGUAACCCCCUUCCAAGUGCAAGGCUUAUCAGUAAUAUAGUGCAUAAAGUGGACGGAGAAAGCCCCAGAAACUCUAACAGAACUAUGAUGGUGAUGCAAUGGGGCCAGUUUAUAGACCAUGAGUUUGUCGGAACACCGGUUAUGAAAGGCGAUGGGGGAACUAACAUCCAGUGUUGCGGGGAGGAGAAUGUUAACAGGACACAGUGUUUUCCAAUAUCCAUUCCUGAUGACGACCCAUACUUCAAAAAAUCGUGUAUGAACUUUGUCCGUUCUGCACCAGUUCCGCGAGAGGAUUGUGGCGCAGGUUUUCGGGAGCAGAUGAACCAUGUGACAUCUUACAUCGAUGGUUCCGCUGUUUAUGGUUCCAGUGAAAACGUUAUGACUGGUUUGCGUAGGAUGUCCGGCGGUCAUCUGAAGUCAGUUGAUGAGUUAUUGAAAUUGCUUCCAAAGAAUGAUGACAACGCCUGUGUACUUGAGGAAACCGGGGAUUACUGCAUGAGGGCUGGUGACAUCCGUGUUAACGUAGUCCCCAGUCUGGGCUGGACCCACACCCUAUUUUUCCGGUCUCACAACCGAAUGGCAGAUGCAUUGGCGGAAAUCAAUCCCCACUGGAGUGACGAAACUCUUUUCCAACAAGCAAGGAGGAUACUUGCCGCACAGAUGCAGAUUAUAAACUACAAAGAAUACCUGCCAUCCAUUUUAAACAAAGACACAUUGAAGAAGUACGGAUUGAUUCUGAAGAAAUACGGAUAUAAUCAAAUAUACAGACGUAAUGUGAACCCAACCAUUGCAAAUGUGUUUGCAGCUGCCGCAUUUAGAUUCGGUCACUCACAAAUCGCUGAUUACCAGGCAGUAAUGAAUAACGACUACAAGUUUGUCGAUAAGAGUCCAAUUGAAGACUGUUACCACAAACCUCAUAUGGUCACAGCAAAAGGUGGCCAAUCACUCGACGGCUUGGGCAGAUGGCUGUCUGCUGAUCCAGCACCAUUGGCGGAUGGGUUGUUUGAGCAAGGAACUCGUAACAAGUUGUUCAUGGACGAAAUGAAAAACAGCCUGGACUUGCCAGCCCUAAAUAUCCAGCGUGGACGCGACCAUGGCAUACCUUCAUAUAACCACUGGCGUGUCCAUUGUCAUCUGGAAAAAGCUGAAAUGGACAAGAACGGGACAUACAUUUUACCUGACCAUACCGAAAAACAAUCUAAACUGCUUCAAGAGGCCUACAGUCAUGUAGAUGACAUUGACCUAUUUGCUGGGGCCAUGACUGAGAUUCUGCUUCCGGGUAGCUCUGUCGGUCCGACGUUUGCCUGUCUGCUCGGCCGGCAGUUUCAGAGGAUUAUGGAGGGGGACAGAUACUGGCAUGAGACUUCGAAACGUAACAUUCGAUUUACACUUGACCAGCUUGAAGAGCUACGGAAGACAACCCUUGCGAAGGUUAUGUGUGAAAACAACAAUAUCAAGGAUAUACAACCCAAUGUCUUCGUGACACCAGGAAGUGGCAAUGAACGCGUGCCAUGUGAAGACCUACCGGGGAUUGAUCUGACCAAAUGGAAGGAUUGUGAACAACCAUUUGUACCAAAUUUUAAUCCACAAUGUAAAAGAUAAGAAAAUCACAUGAUCA